AUGACAUUUACAUCUAAGUGCGCAUGUGAUGAUGGCUGUGUUACUCCUACUACCUCCCCGGUUGAUCCAACAAACCCCUCUGAUCCAAACGUGAAGCCCAAACAUAAAAGACUUAGUAAAGGCCGUAUUAUAUUGAUAAUGUAUGUAAUGAAACCUUAAAAUAUACCCGUGUAUGUUGCUCUGGGGAUUCUGUACAAAUUGAUUUAAUAGCUCAAUAUUUGGCAAUAAUUUGAUGAGGCUAAGUAUAAUAUGGAGAACUCAGUAUUUUUCAUUUAAAAAGUUGUCUUUUGUAAACCUUUGAAUCAUAAGGGGUUAAUAAGCUUAGAAAAACAUCUUUCAAUAUAAUGAGUCACGUGCCAUUUUUGUUCGCUUACGGUCUAUUUUCAAUUCGAAGACACGAAGUUUUACUCGUGCAUUUGACAUCACGAUACCAUGCAACAUCCAUUUUUCAAACCUUACUAUUCACCAAGCAACAAUGGUUAUCUUCCAAUACCCCAUAAAGCCGCUAUUUGUAUGUGCAAUACAGUGAUUCUCAUUGACCCAUAUCUACUAAAUGAACAGAGAACAAAAAUGCUCUGUCGGUCGGAGGUAAAAUGCUUUUCUUUAGCAAGCUAAGGCGCCAAAGAUCAAAGGUCAGAGGGCUCUUAAAGGGGCUAUAUCACAUUAUUGUUGCGUAGUCCCUAGGCCUCAUUUUUCCUCGCGGCCAAAACGUUUCGGGUCACGUGGUCCAUGCGAAAAUGUAAGGCCUAGACAAAAUCCUCAAAAGUGAGACAAAAGUGAGACAGCUCAAUGGCGAUGGUAAACAAGACCAGUGUUUAGAAUUUCAAAGGUUAAAAUACAUCGCUAAAACACACAGAUGGGAAACCAAUCUUCAAAAGAGUCCUUAGUUUUCUUCAACUUGACAAAGGAAGGCUUUUCCGGCUUUAUAAAAUUGUCCUUCGAGGAAUUUAAAAUACAUGGAAUUUUUAUCACGGCCGAUCAGAGCGCUUUGCUUGUUUUGAAACGCCACCAAGCAGCGAAGUUUUUGAAGAAUUUUCAGGUACAUUUUGUACUCUAUAGUCAAGAAAAUUACGCAUUUGUGAAUAUUUUAUCUUUAACGUUUUAUACAUUUUGCGAUCAGCUUGAGCGCCCUAAUUUUUGCCAUGUGCUCAGCCGAUUUUACUUGCGUGAACGGAUUCACGAGCCAAAUUUGUUUACUAUUUUGUUUCACGCGAAUUGCUUUUAAGGAUUAAUUUAUGGGCCUUUGAAUAAAAAUUUUCGAGAAAUAAUUUCUCUGUCUAUUGUUGUGUGUUCUUUCAUUGAUUAACAUUUGCUCAAAACACGAUCCUGAGACAACGCAUGCAAGUUGAAUUUAAUGCUUCUCACAUUUAUAAUACACGCAUCACUUCUGUUGACGUCGGCGAAUUUUAUAGGAUUUUUACUUUUAGAUUCAGUUUCUGGGCACUUUUUGAUACGCAGCUAAUGAAUUUUAUUUGAAAGUAUGGUUUUUCUAAUUAUUCAAGAUUUGAGGUCUAAGUUUACAACACACGGGUCGAUAUUGUGUUUACUUUGAAAAUUCGCGAGCGGCAAACUCCGAUAGCUCACUUGGAAUGAUGAGAUUGCAGGAGCAGUAUAAAUCUUCAUAGGACUUUGAAAACAUUCUGAUGACUUUUCAAAGCCGGUCGGCAAAAGUCGAUCCUACAAAUAUCCACAAGAGUGGUUAAUAACCAAAAUCUCCUGCUGCCUGCUUGUUGCUGCUCACGACAUUAACGUCAUCUUUGAAUUUCAAAAGAUAACGCACGCAUGCGCAUUCUGUUUUUGUCUAGGCGUUUCUCGCCCGUUCGCCUCGGAUACGUCACCGAAACGAUCAAUUAACUUGUUUUUGCAUUCAAGCUCCUUUCGUUCGUCUGUUGUAAGGGAUGACAACUUUUCAAAGUUAGCCCAACUUUUUCUCAAGUCUUAAUUCUAUACCUGCAAAUAUCAUCAAAAUAAUAAUGGUUCUUGCUCCCUGAUGAAAUUUGUUCAAUAUAUAUCUUUUUCAUAACUCUACAGCAACGUUUUUUUUUUUAACGUAAAAGCACUAAGUAAUGACUUGUGCACAGAAUUGACCUAAAACAGUAAUAUCCUCGUGACACAGUCCCUUUCAAGGCUAGUUGUUAUCAUUCGACCUUUGUUUACACUUGAUCACUUAUAUAAAUAUUUAAGUUAUGUUCUCAUCUGCUUUCAGAUUUUUUGUUUUGGCUUUUGCUUACCUAAUUGGUGGAAUUCUCAUUAAAAAGUUUAAAAUGGGAGCAGAAGGCUUAACAGAGAUGGUACCCAAUUAUGAGUUUUGGGCGGAUAUUCUAUCUUUAAUUAAGGUGAGAAGUGAAGUGAAGUCUAAGAAAUUUCUUAAAGUUAUACGUCUAAAACAAGUAUCGGAUAUAGUGAAGACAAAGCCUUAAGGCUUGUCAUGACUAACGACGGAGUCUAGUGAAAACUCUGUUGGUUGCGAUCUAUCUAGUGAAAACUAGGUUGUCAGAGUAGCAAGGAGAAGCGGAAGAACUAAACAAUCACAAAGCAUGGAACUAGCCCAGUGAUUAGUUGAUCCUUUCGCUUCUGCUUCCGACAAUCUGGUUCUCACUAGAUCGUAAACGAUGGAGUCGUAAAAUGGAAAUGUUCUGAUUCUUCCAACCCGUCGCGCUCGGAUUUUUUAGUAUCAGAAGGUCAUAAGUGCCACACCGCUUACGAUUCCAACUCUGAUUCCGUUGCUAGUGAAAACCAGCCUAGCAGAUAGCUCUUACGCAGGCGGGAAA